AUGAACGGAUUCGAUGAUGGUGAUGUCUAUACUGCAGCUGACGUGCCCGACAUUUAUAAACAUUCCUUCGAUCCUUACGUAUGCAAUGGUGGCAGCAUAGUGGCCAUAGCUGGCGAAGAUUUUGUCACGAUUGCUGGUGAUACCCGAAUGGUGAAUGAAGACGAUGCUAUCGUUUCACGCAGUCAGAGCAAACUCUUUCAAUUGACGCCAAUGACUGCAAUAGGUUCAGUUGGCUGCUUUGCCGAUACAUUGGCCGUUGUUAAUGUGAUCAAACAGAAUAUACACAUGUAUCAGUUAACUCAUUUGAAACGAAUUUCAACCGAUGCAUUGGCACAGAUGUUAUCGAUAUCGAUGUAUUCGCAUCGUUUCUUCCCCUAUUUUGUGUCGAAUAUUGUGGCUGGCAUUGAUCGGAAUGGUAAGGGAGCUGUUUUCAGCUAUGAUCCCAUUGGGCAUCAUGAACGUAAAGCCUACGAUGCAGCUGGAACUGGAUUUGAACUAAUGAUCCCAGCAAUGGACUAUUUCAUAAAAAAUCUAAAGGAACCCUUAACCAUAGAAAUCGCCGCGGAAAUAACAAGGAAAGUAAUGAUAGUAGCUGAUAAUAAAGAUGUUUACACUGGCGACUCGGCCAUAAUGUAUAUCAUAACUAAAAAUGGCGUAGAGGCUAAAAAAAUGCCCUUGCGUAAAGACUAA